ACUUUGCUUUCGGUCGCUUAAACAUACGCAGUUAUUACAUCUACAUAUUAUAUAGCAUCUAAUCACAUUGACACAAAUAGUCAAAUACAUGUACUCGGAUCUUCACAAUAUUUGUGCUUCUGCGACAAAGCUUACUAACCACUUAGAAAUGUUCAUGUCGCCUUGUAUAAUAACAAAAUCAGUACACAAAAUAUAAUAUGUAGAACUUUUCACCCGGGCCUGACGAUUAAACAGCGAAUGCUGGGGUGAAAUGUAAUAAAACACUACCUGUUCAUCUAUGUUUAUUUUAUGAAUGCGCAUCAGCAUCGGGUAUUAGAUAGGUAGCAUUGAGGUUGCCAGGUCGGCUCUAUUUCAGUCAAUUUGGUGGUGUAAUAAAAGUAAGUAAGUAUUACCUUAGAUAAGUGUUAAUAUGUUAAGUGUUAAUAUAUUCUUCUAUUUAAUGAACUAGUUUGUUCGAUAUUGUUUAUGCUCUUCUUUUGUAAUAAAAAAUUCACCAGUUGGGUGCGGAUAUCGAGUGAAAUUUGGCAACUCUGUUCAACGUAACAUCCAUGUAUCUAGCUAGCGGCUUAGCAUCUAUUUGAUUUGAGGCAAUCUGACGACGACGCAUGAUACAAAGAGCUCUCCAAGAUUAUGUCUGAUCUACUGCAAAACUGCUAGCCAAAGAUCCACCAUCCAAGUUUUUAAGGUCCUCCUGCAAAAAUGAAAGUGACCACUCUGUAGACCAUCCCAGAUCAGACUCGUCAACCCAACACAGAAAAAGGCCCAGCAUGGACUCCUCCAGAUCUCCCAGAAGCUCCAAACACCGUCAUUCUCGCUCACGGUCACGAUCCAGGGACCGAAAACGGAACAGGAAGCACAGACGCAGUCGCAGCAGGAGCAAAGAGGCACGAAAGAGGGACUCGGAGAAGCCGUCCAAGUCUCACAAGCAGACGGACGAGUACCAUCACCACCACCAACACGAGAGACUCGCAGCUGAGGACGGAGACGAGCGGUCCAAACGCAAGGACAGGAGGUCCCCCCGAGGGCGGAGCUCUUCCCGAUCGCACUCACGAGACAGGCGUCAUCACAGCAGAAGCAGGGACAAGCGACGAUCGCGAUCACACAGCCGGGACAAGAAGCGGAGGCCUCGCUCGCGCUCGCGCUCAAGGUCCAAACAUCGGCAUCACAGCAGAAGUCGCAGCAAGAGCAGGGAGCGAAAGAAAAAGAUAGAAAAGGCGCGCAGGAGAAGUCGCAGCACGACUCCUAAUCCGCCUGUCUUCCGGGGCCGUAACACGGCGAUGGACGCACAGGAGGCCCUUGCUAGAAGGUUAGAGCGAGCCAAGAAACUCCAGGAGCAAAAGGAGAAGGACUUGUUAGAAAAACGACAACAGGAGAUUGUUGCAGGGGCCACUCCGACCGCUUGCGCUGCUGCGGCAGCCACUGCCACCUCAGCGAGCCCCGCCCUCAAUGUAGCAGCCCUGUUGGCUUCCGGGACGCAGGUGACGCCACAGAUCGCCAUGGCGGCCCAGAUGGCGGCGCUUCAAGCCAAAACGCUGUCCGAGACCGGCAUCGCCGUUCCCAGCUUCUAUAACCCGUCCGCUGUCAACCCGUCCAAGUUUGCCGAGCAGGAAAAAAAGAGGAAAAUGUUGUGGCAAGGAAAGAAGGAAGGGGACAAGUCACAGACGGCAGAGUUGUGGGAGAAGCUGAACUUUGGAAACAAGGACCAAAAUGUUAAAUUUCGCAAAUUAAUGGGGAUUAAAGGUGAAGACGACGGGGAAGCGUCCAAACCACUUAACGACGAAGGUCUUAAGACGCUCCAGAAGCAAGAGGAGAUGUUUCGGAACCUUGACGUCCAGUACGAGAUGGCUCGAUCUCAGACUCACACCCAGCGAGGAAUGGGCCUGGGCUUUUCCUCUGCAUUUUCCCGCGGAAUGGAUUCCAUCUAGCACCCUCAUGGAUGGACACCAUACAGGACUUCCAGCUCAUGGCUAUAGGCUUUUCAGCUUGCAUGGAUAAUUUAUUCAUAGAGGACCGUGUGUGUGUGUUGGAGGGGGGCGGGGGGGGGGGGGGGUGUAUAUAACAAGAAGCUGAGCUCAUCCCAGCAUCCAUGCAGUGUUCCGUCACUUUCAAAUGGAUGAUAGCUCUUUCUUUAAAUCCUGUGGUAGUUUUUUAAACAUGUGAUUGGUUCAGUUACAUGCAUAUACAAUGUGAACACUGUUUUCAUUUGUUUUGCUAAAGGGUACUAAAAGAAAUCCCAUACAGUACACUUUGUAUUUCUUCAUUUGGGGAAACGACGCUCCAGACCAGGGAUGCCGUA